AACGUGUCCUAUCUCUUUGAAAGAACUAGGGUUAGGGUUAGGGUUAGGGUUCGAUCCGAUUGCGACCAAUGGAGAUGGAAUGUGUGACUGAGUUUCCUCAUACUCACAUGGAUCGGCGUCCUCGGAAGAGGCCUAGGUUUGCUUGGGAUGCACCUCAACUUCACCCUAAGGCUCAGCCAGGAAUAUAUUGUGGGCAAGAGGUUGGGAAUGUGACAAGCCAUGGAACAUCGAGGGUACUCUCAGACCAGGCUAGUAUAUUUGUAAAGGGAUUGGCUCAAAAAGGCUCUCCCCCAUGGCGAGAUGAUGACAAAGACGGACAUUUCAUGUUUGCACUGGGAGAGAAUUUAACCUCGCGCUAUGAGAUCCACAGAAAAAUUGGUGAAGGUACCUUUGGUCAGGUUUUGGAAUGCUGGGAUAGGGAAACAAAGGAGAUGGUUGCUAUAAAAGUUGUUCGAGGUAUCAAAAAAUAUCGUGAGGCAGCAAUGAUAGAAGUUGAAGUGCUACAGUUGCUUGGAAAAUAUGAUAAAAGUGGCUCUCGUUGCGGUCAAAUACGGAACUGGUUUGACUAUCGUAACCAUAUUUGUAUUGUAUUUGAGAUGCUUGGACCAAGCUUAUACGAUUUUCUUCGGAAAAACAAUUAUCGCUCAUUUCCAGUUGAUCUAGUCCGCGAGAUUGGCAGACAACUGUUGGAAUGUGUAGCAUUCAUGCAUGAUUUGCACCUCAUCCACACUGACUUGAAGCCUGAGAACAUACUUUUUGUUUCUCCAGAAUAUGUAAAAGUAUCAGACUACAAGGUUACCACACGGUCACCAAAAGAUGGAAUAUGUUAUAAGAGGUUGCCAAGAUCAAGUGCUAUUAAGGUGAUUGAUUUUGGUAGCACAGCUUUUGAGUGUCAAGAUCACAGCUAUAUUGUUUCCACUAGGCACUACCGAGCGCCUGAGGUUAUUCUUGGGCUUGGAUGGAGUUAUCCAUGCGACAUGUGGAGCGUUGGUUGUAUAUUGGUGGAACUAUGUUCGGGAGAAGCUUUGUUUCAGACACAUGAGAACUUGGAGCACCUGGCCAUGAUGGAAAGGGUUUUAGGCCCCAUACCUCCUCAUAUGUUGAAAAGAGUGGAUGAUUGUUGGUUCAGCCGACAUGCUGAGAAGUAUGUUAGAAAGGGUAGAUUGGACUGGCCUGAAGGUGCAAUCUCUCGGGAAAGCAUCAAAGCUGUCAUGAAACUGCCUCGUCUUCCGAAUCUAGUUAUGCAACAUGUGGAUCAUUCUGCCGGAGAUCUUAUUGACCUUUUGCAAGGUCUUCUUAGGUAUGACCCUUCCAACAGACUCACAGCUCAAGAUGCCCUCAGGCACCCGUUCUUUACCAGGGAUUACCACAGUAGGUUUUAGAGAGAAGAUUGAUUUUUUUUUUUGCUGGCAUUUGGAUGCUUGUUUGGAUUGAUUUAUAUGAUAAUGGAUUAUUGAAGAGCAAGUGCUGGCCCAGGUUUUCUGAGUUACUAUUUUUUUCCUGGUUUUGUAUGAGCCUCUGUAAAUCCCCCAUUGUUAGAAGUGUUCUUCUUAAUCAAGUUUUGUACCAUAAAAUUUGAUGUUAUAGCAGCUCUUUCCGUUUGUAUUAAGUGUGUUUCUCGGCCAUUGUGUUUCACAAGUUUGUGCCACUAUGUUGACGCACUCUUAAUUUGCAUCCAGCUGUAAUGAUUGUUUUGCUUUUCA